AUGGGCACAGAUAUACCGCGAUAUUUGGUCGACCGACGGGACAUUCCACUGGAGCACCAAAAAUUAUAUGAUGCAGCCGCCGAGAGCAGACUAUACUCCGUCAACAGCCUCUCACACCACCCAAAGGACCUGGAGCCUGAAUUUAUUGUUACAAAACCCCUCGAGGAUCAGUUCAUAGCUAAAGUCGAGCAAUCCUAUAAUGGUUUGGAGGACAGCCGUCUAAGAAAGCUCACCCCCCCGGUUCGCAACCGCUUGAUUUUCCCUUCUCAGCCAAUGUCACAUGCGCUGCCAACGAUCCGCCAACGCCGCGCCAUCCACAGCCACAGAUGCAGGCGGAACAGUGCUCCGCUUCGCAAACAAUCGAUGCAACAUACUUCAACUACACCCCAUGCAGGCAGCGCGAUCAUAUGCCCCCACCCGAUCGAUGCCACCUUCCCGCUCGCGCAUACCGGAGGGAUGAAGGAGCACAAGCGGCGCGAGGCUCCCGGUUGA